CUGAACUUGACGACGGACAAAUCAUUAAAGGAAUCGUUAAAGAAUCGGCUCAAGCAGUGAAAGAAUACAAAGAAGCAGUCUCGCAAGGGAAAGGAGCGUAUCUUCUUGAGGAGAAACUUCCUGACGUUUUUCAAUGCUCUCUUGGUAACUUAUCCUCUGGCCAAACAAUAACCAUCAGAAUUACCUAUGUUACUGAGCUGAAACAUGACUCGGAGUCAGAGAAAAUUCGUUUCGUCUUACCAACUGUUGUUUCGUCUCGAUACUCGCCUGUAACUUUUUCCGAAGAUACGACAGAUGCAGAAAAAAUUGUAACCGCGGAAAAUCCAAGUUAUGCUGACACAAAAUAUACUUUAGGACUUUCAAUCACAUGCAGAAUGACGGAUACAAUUACAAGUAUCGAGUCGCCUUCUCAUUUGAUUUCUACUGAAUUGAAUAUCGGUGGCGAUGCUAAAGUCUCAAGAAUUAGUUUAGCUGAGGAAAUUACUUACUUAGAAAGAGACUUUAUUUUGGUGGUUAAAAGCAAUGGAUUGGAUGAACCAAGAGCAUUCAUGGAGUAUAAUCCAAAGACAGAAACAAAUGUUGUUAUGUUGACUUUGGUUCCAAAUUUUUCACAAAGUGUGGCAAAAAUGAACGAAAUGAUAUUCGUGGUUGACAGGUCAGGCUCAAUGUCUGGUGGUCCAAUUCGUAGAGCAUCACAAGCCCUUCAAUUAAUUCUUCGUUCGCUUCCCAAGGACUGUCUUUUCAAUAUCGUUUCUUUUGGAAGCAGAUUCGAUUCCUUAUAUGAAGAAAGUGUGCGCUAUUCAGAGGAUACAUUUUCACAAGCCUUAUCGUAUGUUGAAAAUAUGGGUGCCGAUUACGGAGGAACAGAAAUCAAAAGCGUUCUCGAAUGGGUAGUUAAUACUGCUCGUAUUGAUAUGCCAACCUCUGUUUUCUUAUUGACAGAUGGUGAAGUAUGGGACGUUGACGAAAUAGUCCAACUGAUUCAAAAAACUGCCAACAACCCAAAGAAAAGUUUCCGACUCUUCUCUUUAGGAAUCGGAUCCAGCGUCUCACAUCAUUUAAUAGAAUCGAUUGCUCGAGCUGGAAAAGGUUAUUCACAAUUUGUCACUGAUGAAGAACGCAUGGAUAAAAAGGUUGUCGGGAUGGUUAAGAAUGCCAUCAAAAACGUGUUAACUGAUUAUAAAGUUGAAUGGAUUGACGAGACGCCAACAGAGAGCAAGAAAAGAUCGUCGAUUAUUUCAUUCUCUUGGAAUUCGUCGCAAAAAAAUGAAAGCAAAGUUC